UUCUUUCCCUUUUGCCAAAGUUUCGUGAUUUUUUCUUCAAUUCUGCUUCUGUUCAUUCUUCGAUAAAACUUUUUCAAUAAGCACUUCUGGGUCAUUCUUUUUUUGCUUCUUGAAAUGGCUUAUUGCAGAAAACAACAAGGGAAUAGUUAUCGUCAAGAGGGUCAUUGGCGAUCCUCAUCUUGUAACGGAAAACCGCCGUUGGAUAACCGUUUUCAGAUACCAACGGUUCCUUUGUGGGAAAAGAAGUUCUGUGCUUCGGUUGGUUCAGUUCCAUGGGGGAAGCUAGUGGAGAACAAGAGGUAUAUAUAUCUGCAUGACAAUGUGAUGAACUGGGAUGAUUCUGCUGUCAAAGAGGCGUUUGAGAAUGCAAAGUACAGGUUUUGGGCUGAGAUUAAUGGAUUUCCUUGUGAUAUACCGUUGCCGGAUCCUAAUGUUUAUAUCGACGAUGUGGAUUCGAAUGCAAGCGUUGAUAGUGAACUUUAUUUGGAUUUGGAAAGAGAAUCAGAGGUCACGAAUGUGGAAGAAAAUGGCGAGGAGGUUGUGAUUUUCGGGGAUUCUUUUAUAUUGAAUCAGUCCUUUUCUGGGCCUGGAUGGGGGGAUGAAGACGAAGAAACAAAGCCUUUUGAAACAAAGUAUGAUUCCCCGGGAUGGGAAUUGAAGCAGCAUCAAGAUAAUGAAACAAACUCGUGGGAGCAAUGUGCUGCUUUGGUUGAUAGUCGAAAUGUUUCGGAGGAAUGGAAUUGGAGAGAGGGAUAUGGUGGUGACUUGUGUCACAAGUAUCAACAAGGAAGAAAUGGUGGCAAUGGAUAUAACUAUAACAAAAAUAGAGAAAGCAAUAUGUCAUGGUCUAAGAACACGGGAUAUCGUCAUGGUACGAAUGAGUAUCCAAUGAAUCGAGGAAGAAGAAGAAAUCGAGGUGGAGGAGGAAGGAGGGGAAAUUUUGCUUAUGUGGAGAAGGGACCUACUCCUAGACCUAGUGCAUGGUAAAUGAAUAUCAAAUGCCUUGGACUGCAAGCAAGGACUCCUAUGAAGCUGCUAAUGGGUCAGUUUUGUGAAAGUAGCUGAGGAUAUAUGUUUUGUUAUCUAGGUAAUAUGUUGUAGUACUAUAUCAUAAAUAA